GCCUCAGAAGAGCACACAGAGGGACUUUCGACUCUCCUUUGUGAGCGACCACCUCCUACUCCUCCACUCAGCUCUACUGAAACUUUCUCGCUUCUCCACCAAACAUGACAUCCAGACAAGUCAGGCAGUCCUUCUCCACCCAGUCGGCCUAUUCCAUACCACCCAGGGGGGGAAGCGUAAUUAGCAGUACACGCCGCACUGUUGUCGGCUCUGGGUUCGGCUCUGGAUUCGGCUCUACUGGUGGUGGUGGUGGUGGUGGCAGCUACGCCAGCUUCAGCAGCAGCAGCCUCAGUGGAGGUGCUGGAGGAAGGGGUGCAGGCUAUGGGUUCAGCAGCGGUGGGGGUUUUGGUGGCGGCGCAAGCGGCUUCGGUGGUGGCUUCGGUGGUGGCUUCGGUGGUGGUGCAGCUGGCGGUGGCUUCGGUGGUGGUGCAGGCAGCUUCAUGAUGGGUGGCUUCGGUGCUGGCGGAGGCAUCCCACCUACUAUCUCUGCUGUGACAGUCAACCAGAGCCUGCUGCAGCCACUCAACCUGGAGAUCGACCCCAACAUCCAGGUCGUCCGCACCCAGGAGAAGGAGCAGAUCAAGACCCUCAACAACCGCUUCGCUUCUUUCAUCGAUAAGGUGCGCUUCCUGGAGCAGCAGAACAAAAUGCUGGAGACCAAGUGGAGCCUCCUGCAGGAACAGACCACCACCCGCUCCAACAUCGACGCCAUGUUCGAGGCCUACAUCGCCAACCUGCGCAGACAGCUGGAUGGCCUGGGCAAUGAGAAGGUCAAGCUGGAGGGGGAACUGAAGAACAUGCAGGUUCUUGUUGAGGACUUCAAGAAGAAGUAUGAGGACGAGAUCAACAAGCGUGCCGCUGCAGAGAACGAAUUUGUCCUCCUGAAAAAGGAUGUUGAUGCAGCCUACAUGAACAAGAUUGAGCUUGAGGCCAAGGUUGAUGCUCUUCAGGAUGAAAUCAACUUCCUCAGGGCUGUUUAUGAGGCUGAGCUGCGUGAGCUGCAGUCUCAGGUCAAGGACACAUCAGUCGUUGUGGAGAUGGACAACAGCAGGAACCUGGACAUGGAUUCCAUUGUGGCUGAAGUCCGCGCUCAGUACGAGGAUAUCGCCAAAAAGAGCAGGGAAGAGGCUGAGGGCUGGUACAAACAGAAGUUUGAGGAGUUGCAGUCCUCUGCUGGUAAUUAUGGUGAGGACUUGCGCUCUACCAAGGCUGAGAUCGCUGAGCUGAACAGAAUGAUCUCCCGUCUCCAGAACGAGAUUGAGGCUGUCAAGGGACAGCGUUCCAACCUAGAAUCCCAGAUUGCCGAGGCAGAGGAGCGUGGCGAGCUGGCUGUUAAGGAUGCCAAGCUCCGCAUCAAGGAACUGGAAGAGGCUCUCCAGAGAGCUAAGCAGGACAUGGCAAGGCAGGUGCGCGAGUACCAGGAGCUCAUGAACGUCAAGCUGGCUCUGGACAUCGAGAUCGCCACCUACAGAAAGCUCCUGGAAGGAGAGGAACACAGAAUCAGUCAAGGUCCAGCCCAGGCCACCAUCCACGUGCAGCAGUCCACCUCAAGCAGUGGUGGAUUUGGCUCUAGCUCAGGAUUCGGCUAUGGAGGCGGAUCAAGCGGAUUCGGAGGAGGAUUCGGUGGCGGCAUGGGCGGCGGCAUGGGCGGCGGCAUGGGCGGCGGCAUGGGCGGUGGCAUGGGCAUGGGCAUUGGAGGCGGCAUGGGCGGUGGCAUGGGCAGCAUGAGUGGUGGCUUUGGCGGUGGCUCAAGCAUCAGCAGAACCUCCGUGUCCAGCGUCAGCCAAAGGCGUUAUUAAGCAUAACCUUCCCAACCUUUUUCUCCUGCAUCUUCAUCAACAUGUCAUCGACAGAGAUAAAAUGUUAAAAUCUUAGCGACUAGCCCAAUUCGCAUCAUCCAACCAUUUUCUUUUUUUUUUUUUAACUAGAUAAAUAGAUUAGGAAGAGAUUUUACUAGGUAGUUGAGACAAAAGAAAACCAAGAGGAAUGUAAAGGGCAAUGCUUGAUUCUGUUUCACCCUGCUGAAAGUUUCUUAUUUUCUGCACUGAUAUGUUCUGGGAAAAAAUCCAGACUUAAUAGGUAUAAAGAUUUAAAAGACCAAAGCUGUGCGUUAAAACUAAAGCCACUGGAGCUAAACGUAGAACAGGGAGGUGAGUGUUAAUGCAGAAGAUGUUUCAUCGUGAGAGAAGUUUCCACCCACAACAGAUCUGUUUCCAGUGAUAAACAAUAUCACUGUAUUUUAUAAAAGAUGGACGGGUGAGCUAACACUGUGAGGAGACCUGUUGUGGUGGAAACCACAUCACACAUGGGUUCCUGUGAUGAUACUCUCCACAACUCCUGCUUUUUCACUUGCUAAUUUGGCAGCUGUUUGCUAACUCACCAUCCUGACCAACUAAACAAGCUUGUGUCCUCCUCAUAGGCUCGACUUUGCUUCUAGAGUACAAUUGAGGAUUACAAUCCCUCGUUCUCAGGCUGUCCCAGAUCUGUUUUCAUCUUUUCUUCUCAGACAAAAAAAUGCAAACAAACGCAGACGAUAGGACCAGGUUUAUUGUGUGUGAAAUGAGCUUGUGACAUCAUCAAAACCUGAACUCAAUAAAUCUGAGAACUAUA